AUGUGCACCCCGCCAUUGUCACACCUGAUAGCAGCACAGCUGCACCGCCUGCACCAUCUGGAGGUGCCUCUGGGGUCGGAGGAGGAGCGCAAGGAGGGGCACCUGUGGCACGCCUUGUUUGACAUGCUGCACACUGGUGGGUGCUCUGGUGGGUGCUCUGGUGGGUGCUCUGGUGCUAUUGGGUACUUUGGUCUGGGGAUGGAGGAGUGGAAGGAGGGGCACCUGUGGCACGCCUUGUUUGACAUGCUGCACACUGGUGGGUGCUCUGGUGGGUGCUCUGGUGGGGUGGGUGCUCUGGUGCUGUUGGCCGAGAAGCUGCGGUACGACGACCAGAAGCUGCAGACCCGCUUUGACUCCAUUGACUUUGCAAAGCUGAGAAGCGAGAUAACAGAAGCAAAGGAGUUGACAGACCGACUGCACUCGCCCAUUGUCUUUGCCCAUAACGACCUCCUCGCAUACAACCUGCUUUUGGACGAGUCACAACCAGGCACCCCCACCAUGCACAUGAUCGACUUUGAGUAUGCGGCGUACAACCCCCGGGGCUACGACAUUGCAAACCACUUCUGUGAAUAUGCCGGCUUCGAGUGCGAAUACUCCAGGUUCCCCUCCAAGGCCCAUCAGCUGGACUUUUUCCGCCACUACCUGCACCCCACCGCUCCUGAAAAGGCUUCUCAGGUGGAACUGGACAGGCUGUAUCUGGAGGUGAACGCUUUCACUCUUGCCUCUCAUUUCUUCUGGUGCCUCUGGUCCCUCAUUCAGGCCAAGUACUCGGCCAUUGAUUUUGACUACAUGGACUAUUUCUUUGUUCGUUACGGCGUGUAUCAAAAGCGAAAGGAGGAGGAUGUAGCGCUUGUAGAGUCUUAUCUCAGCAGUCAAAAGAUGCAAACCAGCUUUGUGGUUUGA